AUGGAACGUGACCGUCGUCCAGUCGUGGCUGUCGCAGCAGCAGCUCUGCUAGGUUUCUGUACGAUCGCAUCGAUGUUCCAGUCCACCGAUGCACACGUCUUCUCGGGGAAAGCCUUCCGGAAGGCUCAGCAAGACUGCCUCCAGUUUCUCGGUAUCAGCGAGUUUCGGCUCUCGCAGUAUAACAAGUACGUGUACCCUCCGGAUCGUGACACGAUGUGCUUGAUUCGUUGCAUCGGCAUAACGCUCGAUUUUUGGGAUGACACGCUGGGCUUCAAUCUGAGCUGUGUCGAGCAACAGUUUGGACCGUUGGUUGACGCAAGCUUUAAGAAGCAGCUCAAUGAAACCAUCGCGAACAAGCUUGACUUGAUUGACCCGCUGGAUAACUGCUCCCGAGCGUACUACGCCUUCCGAACGAUGCGAGCCCAGCUGCGCCAGCUACUCAAUCUAGCUCCCGGUACAAGCACCACCACACCGAGUGUCGUGUUCCAACCGCUGACGGCGGUACAGAUCGUGAACGUUCUCAGUGACUGUGCUCGGGAUCUGCAUCUACCUGCGGCCUACCUUACGGCCAUGACCAAGGGUAUGUUGGUCGAUUGCCCGGAGGUUCACUGCCUUAUUCGUUGCGCCGCGAUUCGCAGUGGCGUGUACUCGGACGAUGGAGGCGCCCAACUCGACAAUCUGCACCGUCAACUCGACCCACUCGGGGAGGAUCUCAGCAGCUUCACCAUGCGGCAGAACCUGUGUCUGCAGCGACAUCAGCAGCCGGCCUGUGCCGAUAAAUGCACUCGAGCAUAUCGGCAAUUUUUCACCUGCUUGCGUCCCGACUACGAACGAUUUUUCAUCAAAAACAUCGAAUCCGUAAUGCAGCUGCCAUUGUUCCAGCUGGAGAGUUGCGCUAAGAGUACCCCGGCGGAAAGCAACGCAAUGGCGAAUAUGGAUGCGAUAAGGCCACUGCUCACCUCUUUUUAG